AAAAUAGACCAACCACCCACACUCUAUUUUUCUUCCUCAUUUUCUUCUUCCUUCAAUUGCACAUGUUAAAAUCAAACAGUGCACAUUACACAGAACUUAAACUAUUAUCUUCUAGAAACAAAAACAAAAAAAAAACAUCAUGGGAGAUUUAGUAGAAAGCAGAGAAUGGUACUUAGCAGCUUAUUGUCCAGAAGGUGUUCCAACCUCAGAUCAUCUCAAACUCCGAACUGUCACUCUUUCUCUCGCCGUUGAUUCAAUUCCUGAUAACCAUCUAGCCGUUGAAACUCUUCAACUCUCCGUUGACCCUUAUCUUCGUGGAAGAAUCACUGGUAUUUUAGAAGGUCUUUUUAUUUCACAAUAUCAACUUAAUCAGGUGAUUACAGCGUUUGCGGUUGUAAGGGUAAUUAGAUCGAAUGAUAGUAAAUAUAGUGAGGGUGAUAUACUUUUGAAUCCAAAUGCUUCUGUUGCUGAGUAUAAUAUUGUGCCAUCUUCUCAAAUAACUAGAAAAAUUGAUACUUCUAAUGGGAUUUCUUUGUCUGAUUAUCUUGGUGCUUUAGGAGUUCCGGGGUUUGCAGCAUGGGUGGGAAUAGAGGUACUGGGAGAUCCAAAGCCAGGAUCAAAUGUGUUCAUUUCUGCUGCUUCUGGGGCUGUUGGUAUGAAUGCUGGCCAGCUUGCUAAGAUCAGAGGAUGUAGGGUCAUUGGAAGCACUGGCUCUGAUGAUAAGGUGAAGCUCAUUAAAGAGGAAUUUGGAUAUGACGAUGGAUUCAACUACAAUACAGAAUCAGAUUUUGAUGCUGCUUUAAGCAAGUAUUUUCCUGAUGGAAUUGAUGUUUACCUUGACAAUGUUGGUGGUAAAAUGCUUGAAGCUGUACUUAACCAUGUCAACAAGCAUGCUAGAAUACCACUUUGUGGGAUGAUAUCCCAAUAUAAUAAGGUUUGGACAGAAAGAGAAGGUGUUAGGAAUCUUCUGAAUAUGGUUGGAAAGGAGGUGAGGAUGGAGGGUUUUAUGCUAGAAUCAUAUUGGCAUCGUUUUGGAGAUUUUGCUAAAGAUAUGGAAAGAUACAUACAAGAAGGCAAGGUUAAGUCAAAGAAUAAAAUAAAUAUAGGAAUUGAGGGCUUUUUGGAGAGCUUAAACUCCUUAUUCUCUAGCUCUAACAUUGGAAAAGUUGUUGUUCAAGUUAAGGCCUAGUGUCCCAAUAAUAUAUAUGUUGAACCAUAUUUUUCUUCUUUCAUAUUUUAGUGCCUAUAUUAGUCCUUUGCUUCAAACUUUUCUCUCAAGCCUGAAUAUGUAACACUUUUCAUGUGAAUGUAAUAUUUAAGAUUACUAUCCGUACAACCUAUUAUAUCUAUAACUACA